AGUUUGGUAUUGUGUCCUUUCAAGCACGAAAGGGCUGUGUAAGGCCUUAGCGGACACGGAACGGAGCGUUCGACGGGGCGGGCUCGCCCGCGUCCUCGCUACGCAGCGUCGACUCGGGACACUUAUUGUUUGUCUGACAUAGUUGCCGCACGCCUCAUCCCGAUGCACGCCCAAUAAGAGCGUGCACUCGGGUGAAUUUAAAGUAAUAUUUAGGUAUUAGGGAAAAUUAGUAAAUGUUCAGCAGUUUCUAAGUGAGUAAUAAAUAUAAAUGGGGGGCAAGAACAUUACCAACAAAAGUGGUAGAUUGUAUCAGAACUGUGCAUAAUCCAGAAAUUCCAGAACUAUUGUAAUCAAUGACAUGUGUUACGGAGGGAUCUUUAAUAGAAUCCCGAGGGUCACUUGCACCAACGAAAAUGGAGGUUUAACCCACCAUUUUAUAUGGAAUUUGACAGAUAAUAGCCCACUAACCUCGAGUUAAGUGGUUGGUGCAAGUGGGCCUGAGUGUAGUGACGGACAGGUCCUAAUAUCAACCAAAUUGGUUGGGUGAAACAGUUGGGUAACGUAAAAUAAUUUAAAAUAUACAAUCAAAGUCUAUAAUAAUUAUAGACUUUGAUUGUAUAUUUUGAUAGAAUAUUAUAUAGUACUUUGGAUGUAUUUUGUACGGUGACAAACGUCAGCUGCGAGAUCAGCUGCAAACAAUUUAUAACCUAAAAACCUAGGUGCUUAAAAUUUUAAUAGCUAGCCAACAACUGCACGUAAGUGAGAGCGAGAAACAAGUAACUCUUUCUCGUUCUCUCUUACAGAAUAGUAGAUAACCUCAAUGUGAUCGAUCAUGUGUAUUAUCUUUUGGUAUUAUCAGUGGUUAUACAGUUUCCACUAUCACUUCAUAACUUAAUAUUUACUAAUUACCUAAGUACGAAAUAUACGCAAUGCACCAACAUUAAAAAGACCGUUUGAAUAUUCCUGAAAACACCUAAAAAAAUAACCAAGCAAAUUGCCAACCAAGAAAAAAGUUGUUAGGUCCUUAUGAGCGCGCGUACUUUGGUCUGGUCCAUUUCAGGUACGCCCGUCUGUUAUAUAUUACUAGUAGCAACAUUUUUUAUGUUCUGUUGACGGUUAUGACACAUGACAUACCUAUAUUUUUGUAGUGGUGAUUUCGUUGACUUUUGAAUUCAACGUAACGAGCGUUAAUGCAAAAUAUAGUCCCAAAAAAUCAUCAUGUCUAUCACGCAUUCAAGAUUAAAAAAGUUUUCUAGUUUCGAUUUAGUUAAUGCUCAUUUCAUCCAUCCCAAAUUGAUAAUACAAGAAGAUACAGAAAAAGUGCGAUUAUGUGAUCUUACAGCGCGAAAUGAAGAAGAAGAUCCCGAUAACGACAAGAUUUAUAAUUUCGAUGCAAAAAUCUCAAAUACACACGUACACGGAGAGCUCCUCUGGGUCCUUUUAAGGUCGGGUGAUAUCAUAGUAAUAAACCCAGCGAAUGGAUCUCAAAUACAGGUAACAUGUGAAAAGUUGGCCAACUAUAAGAUCCAAAAGUUACGUAGUAAUGAGAAAAAUGUGAUCCUAAUCAGUAAAAGUGGAGAAUGUUUGAUGGUGUUAUUUUCAAGAAAAGAUUUGGAACAAGAUAUGAUAGAUGGCAAAACAGAACAUACCAUAUCAAUACAUAAAUAUGGUGGGUCUUAUUUACCUGUGGAAUCUCAUAUGCUUACAAAUGGAUUGAUUGCAUACACUGAGGGAGAAGCUUUGGUUUUGAAAUGUCCUGUAACUGGUUUAUAUGAAGUCAUGACAUCAACAACGAAACUCAAUUCUGCGGUUCCAUGGGCUGAUUCACUGAUCAUUUCCGAUGGAGCAUCAAUGUGGCUGGUAGAUAUUAAAGACUCCCGUAUUAUAUAUCAAUUUAAAGAAGAUGGCAUCACAUGUUAUCCUUUGGGGUCAUAUAACAACUACUUUUACUAUCUGGUUUGGGAUCAAAUGCAGGUGUAUAUUUGCUGUGCUUGGGAUGAAUCACUACUUGAUUCAACAAAUGACCAGCGGGACAACAACUCUUCCAUCCAGAAACUUUCAUCUCAAGAAACACUCAAAGUUCAGUUGAAAACCAUCAUUGAUAGUUGGACAUCAACAACAGACCCAGAUCAGGCACACCGGCAACAAAUCAUUCAAGUGUGGCUCCUGCGACUUAUCAUUCUACACCGGCGGAGACCUGCGCCGGCACCGGCGCGUGCACUCUCGGGAAAAGCCGUACCCGUGUCCAGCGUGCGCGGCGCGCUUUACUCACAGCUCGUCACUCAACAAGCAUGUGCUUAACUUACAUCAUGUGCAGUACCGGUGGGCUGACUUCCACCCUAGGGAUGGUAGGAAGAUUCAGAAUAAAUAAAAAUAUACAUCGA